AUGCGUUUGAACAUGCUUGGCUGCGGAGGGUCACUGGGCCUGGCGCGGGUGUCCUCUGGCCAUCUCCCCAAGGUCGUUGCAGGUGGGACGCUCGCCACGCCACUCUCUCUGAUCUCUGACUAUGGAAUGCGGACAGGGAGAUUGCUGGGGGAUUUAGGCUCUUUGCUGUACCAACCGCCGAAUGCAGCCCCCCGCGUCUCCCCCACCACCCACGUCGGCUCCGCCUUUAGCCACUUCAUGGGACCAAAAUACCCCCUGAGCUCAGCUCAGGCCAGCCCAGGCCAGGCCAGCCCCACCAUUCGUCUUCCUUCUCUCUCAUAUUUUCUCCACCUCCACUUUCUUUUCUCAGAACUGCUGGAGACCCGCACAGCCCGUCCCUUCAGCUUUGCCUUCAACACAAGCGAUUAUCGAAUCUUGUUGGUGGACCAAGACCAGGAACGACUCUACCUAGGAGCCCGGGACUUCCUUGUGGCCCUAGAUCUGCACAACAUCAACAAGGAGCCACUCAUUAUCCAUUGGCCAGCUCUCCCAAGCCACCAGCAUGAGUGUCGUCUUGCAGGAAAAGGUCAGAGGGGUGAAUGUUUCAACUAUAUACGGCUUAUGGAGCCACUGAAUCGUACCCACAUCUAUGCCUGUGGAACAGGUGCCUACCAUCCAGUCUGUGCUCUCAUCAACCGUGGGUGGCGCUCUGAAGAGUAUCUCUUCCGCAUGGUUCCUCGUUCAAUGGAGCCAGGAAAAGGCAAAUGCUCUUAUGACCCCCGGCAACACAGCAUGGCAGUGCUAGUUAAUAACACACUCUAUGCUGGGGUUCAUGUGGAUUUCAUGGGCACAGAUGCGGCCUUGUUCCGUACCAUGGGGCCUCGUCCAGCUGUCCGGACUGAGCAACACGAUUCCCGCUGGCUCUAUGACCCUGUGUUCCUCCAAGCCCACGUCAUCCCCGACAGCUCCGACCACAACGACGACAAGCUCUACUUCUUUUUCCGUGAGAAAGCACUUGAGGGUGCCGUGGGGCCUGCUGUGCUCGCUCGGGUGGGACGGGUUUGCCUGAAUGAUGACGGAGGACAACGCUCCUUGGUGAACAAGUGGACCACGUUCUUGAAAGCUCGUUUAGUUUGCUCUGUAAUUGGAGAUGAUGGUGUGGAGACCUUUUUCGAUGAGCUGCGUGAUGUUUUCUUGUUGCCAACGCAGGAUGAAAAGCACCCAUUGGUGUAUGGGGUGUUUUCUACACUGGGGUCUGUGUUUCGUGGUUCGGCAGUCUGCGUUUACUCCAUGGCUGAUAUACGCACGGUCUUCAAUGGGCCCUUUGCCCACAAGGAGGGCCACAACUACCAGUGGGGCUCAUACACGGGACGUGUGCCCUACCCUCGCCCUGGAGCUUGCCCAGGAGGGACUUUUACCCCAGGGCUCCGCUCCACCCGUGAGUUUCCUGAUGACCUGGUGACCUUUGUGCGUGCCCACCCCUUGAUGUACAACGCCGUCUACCCACUGCAGCGCCGCCCCCUGCUGGUGAGGACCAAUGUGCCCUACAGCUUCACCACGUUGGCUGUUGACCUGGUGGAUGCCGUGGACGGGCGCUACGAGGUCCUCUUUCUUGGCACCGACCAGGGCACAGUUCAGAAGGUUAUUGUGCUGCCAAAGGAGCAAGGAGUCUUGGAAGAACUGACCCUGGAGGAGGUUGAGGUGUUUCGAGUUCCCGCUCCAGUGAAGACACUAUGGAUAUCCUCUAAACGGCAACAGCUGUAUGUCUCCUCAGAUGUGGGGGUCUCCCAGCUGAGUCUGCAUCGGUGCCGUGAGUACGGAGAAGCGUGUGCCGACUGCUGCCUGGCCCGGGACCCCUACUGUGCCUGGGAUGGCCAACGCUGCACCCGCUACAGCCACACCGCUAAAAGGAGGAGCCGGCGCCAAGACAUCAAGCACGGUGACCCCCUGCGGCAGUGCCGAGGAUUUAAUGCCAAGGUAGAGCAGCAAUUACGUGAGCAGAUCCAAUAUGGACUAGAAGGAGGAAGUAUCUUCUUGGAGUGUGAACCACGAUCUCCUCAUACAUCUGUCAAGUGGCUUAUGCAAACAGACGAUUCUGACAAACGCAAAGUGUUGUCCCGAGAUCGUGUGCUGCUACGAACCCCUCAGGGGGUGCUUUUAGGACCCGUGACGCCAGCUGAUGGUGGGCUCUACCAAUGCAUUGGCACCGAGAAUCGCUUCCGCCACACUCUCCGCCGCCUCCGUCUGCAUGUCCUUCCACGUGCCUUGCUUGAGGGAGCCAUGGCCCAGGAACAGCCGCCGGCCCUUGGCAUCUGUGAGAGCUAUUGGCAACAGCUCCACAGGGGCCAGGACACCAGCCGUGGUCGGAGUGGCCGCCAGUCCCACAGCGGUCCUAACCUUUGGGACUUGGAACAACAGGCCAAUUGGCAAAGAGCAUUACAGCAUUCUCUGAACUGGACAGCAGGAAGUGCCCAGCACUCCCAAAGCAGCAGCAGCCUUCGUCGGCAUCAACACCACCAUCACCACCGCUCCAAGGCAUGGACAGGCCACCGUUCCCCCCCUCGAAGCUGAGUGGAGGGGCAAGGGGAGUUGGGGGGCAGAGAAGGGUCUCUUGACCCAUGGUUUUUUUGUGUACAAGAGUGACAUUCCAAUGGACUCUUCUUCAGAGAGCUAGGUGGAUAUAGACAUGGGGAGAACCUCUCCCUGCAUCCUUCACCCCAACCUGAGGGGACAACACUGUUGCUAACAGGGUGUGUUGUGUUGUGUGUCCAGGCUAAUUCCAGGGUUUUGCAGGACCAGGGCUCACUGGCUUUUUUCACAGAUGUAAAUAUGAGCAGUGCUGAUUCCAGGGGCUUUGGUUUUAGAGUCUAUUUUUUACAGUGUUCAUUCCUCUUUCCCUACAGCAGGAAAUUGGUGUGGCUUCCUUCAACAUUUUUAACCCCAUGAUUUUAUUAACUCUGUAUUGCAGGAACUGAUUGCAGAAAAUAAAAAAGUGCUGACUUCUUUUCUAAACAAAA